AUGUCCUCGGCGCUUUAUCUCCUGGAAUUUGUACGCGCCCGAAUCCAAAAUCAGAAGAUUAGCGAGGACUGCCUUUUCCUGAAUAUCUAUGUUCCCAAGGCGGUAGUAGUGAACGGAUACGAUCCUCUUCCUGUGUUUGUGUUCAAACAUGGCGGGAAAUAUGAAUGGGGAUCUGGGACCGAGUUCAACGGUACCUUUCUAGCUCUACAAGGUAACAUUAUAGUCAUCUCAUUUAAUUAUCGUCUAAAUGUCUUUGGAUUCCUUUCAAAUGGUGAACCAGAACUUGGGGGAAAUUAUGGAAUGUUCGACACAGUUCGAGUGCUUGAAUGGAUUCAGACCAACAUCCGGGCUUUUGGUGGAGAUCCAUCACGGGUCACUUUAGGCGGAGAAUCGGCAGGUGGCGUAACAGUGGACAUCUUUCUUUCAAUGAGCCCAAUUAUGCGAAAUCGACGGCUGUUCAGGAGGGGAAUUGCUUCAGCUGGACCCCAUUUACUUCGGGGACACAAAGUUUUUAAAGAAAUAACAAUUAACAACACCUUGACAAUCGCUUCUUUGUUAAACUGUUCAUUUCCAUCGGGACAGCAAAUGGUGUCCUGUCUUCGACAGAAAACAACCAGGGAGUUCAUGUCAGCGUUUUAUCAAUAUAAAGGUGAUAGCGUUUUUUCAGCUAAUGUGCUAUUGCCCUACGGAGACGGCAUUAUUCUAGAUGAAGAAAUAACUGACUACCCUGGUGGGGAUGUAGACGGAUUAGACUAUAUGUUGGGAACAUGUCGGCCUGAUAGCGGUUUCUGGUUUGGUGUAGCAGGAAAUGAAUCUGAACCCAACAUUGAGAUUGCAAAGGGUUUUACGAAGGGCCUGGUCGAGUUUCUUUACCCUGGUGCUCCUGAUUUUAUGACCGAUGUCGUAGUAUUCGAGUAUACAUCACCCGAUAAGAAGUCAUCACACGAAGCAUGGCUGGAACUGUGGCAAGAUUUAUUCUUCCUCGCCCCUGCAUGGGAGCAUGCUCUUCUGUGGCCAGAUAAUUCCAGUGUUUACUUUUAUGAGUUUGUUCACAAACCGUCAUUUUCGGUAUACCCUCACUACGUUAAUGGUGCCUCUCACAUGGAAGAGCUGCACUUUUUCUUUGGUGACGUUUUGGACUCGUCACUGUUCCCUACCAAGCCAACUGAGGAGGAAGUGGAACUGAGUAAACAAAUCAUGACAGCCAUAGGGAAUUUUGUCAGAUCGGGGAAUCCCAACCCCCCAUCCCCUUCAGUGUCGUCAAGUAUGCCACACUGGCCGAGAAUUGAUGACGUCAGGAGGCAGUACAUGGAAUGGACGGUGGAAAUGACGUCAGCAAACGUAAAACGAGACAUAAAACCGAGAAAAAUGGAAUUUUGGAAUGUCCUCUUUCCGAAAUCCCUCUGA